AUGCGGUUGUUUAUGAUAUUAGUUUGUUUAUUAUUGCUCGGGUCGACAUUAUUAACUAGCGCCUUGGCACAAUCGUUCAAAGAAUCGGCGAAGAACAACCCUGGACUCCAAACUUUUGUCGAGAGAGCUACUAAAAGCUAUUUCUUCCAUCAUACUAUGGUUCGGAUAAAGGACCCAAGAGCGAGUCUCGAUUUCUACUCAAGGAUUAUGGGCAUGUCGUUGCUUAAAAGGCUCGAUUUCGCAGACCUGCGGUUUAGCAACUACUACAUGGGAUACGAGGACACAUCAAGGGCCCCAAAUGAUCCUCUCAGGCGUACGGCUUGGGCUUUCAGUCAGAGAGGUGUAAUCGAGCUUACACACAUGUGGGGCACAGAAACGAACCGUAAUUUCACAGGUUAUCACAAUGGAAACACAGAACCACUUGGUUAUGGGCACAUAGGCAUAAACGUAGACAACGUGCAAAAAGCAAUCAAUAGGUUCGAAAGUUUGGGAGUGCGAUUUGUACAGCGAAUUCGCAGCGGAAACAGGGACUUGGUAGCAUUUAUCCAGGAUCCUGAUGGCUAUUGGAUUGAAAUCUUCGACACUAUGUCCGCUGUCCAGACAGCUAUCGAUAAUAAUGCCGUCUGA